AUGACUUAUCCUGAAAAUGUUGGCAUCAAGGCCAUGGAGAUCUAUGUUCCCAGCCAGUGUCUCGACCAAACGCUCUUCGAGCAAUACCAUGGUGUCUCGGCUGGCAAAUACACGAUCGGUCUGGGUCUCAAGCUCAUGAACUUUUGCACCGACAGAGAAGAUGUCUGUUCUCUUGCUUUGACGGCAGUGUUCUCCCUCCUCCGUAAGUACAACAUUAAUCUAACGUCGAUCGGCCGGCUAGAAGUUGGCACCGAGUCCUUGAUCGACAAGGCUAAGUCCGGCAACACGAGCCUCGAGGGCGCCGACACCAUCCACGCAUGCUACGGCGGGACCAAUGCCCUGUUCAACGCCGUCAACUGGGUAGAGUCUCGCGCCUGGGACGGUCAUGAUGCAAUCGUCGUGGCCUCUGACAUUGCGCUAUAUAACUAG